CCAAUUUUGUCCCUUUUCAGUUUUCACCCGUCAACUCUGACUCCUUCCCACCUGUUUCCUGCUUCCAACUCUUAUACUAUAAAUAACUUUCACACACAAACACAUACUUUCUUCCCUAUUUCCACACUCGCCGAACCCAGUAAAAGAGAGAGAAAAAAAGAAAAGCAACCUGUUUUCCUCUCUUUUAUUUUACUAUGUCAUUUCUCGGUAACUUGCCGUCCUCCGCCAAGCCACCCGGAGGCGCCGCCCCUUACCCAGGCGGCGCUGACCCAUCAGUCGCGUUACUGAACCUCUCCACCGUCCAAGCCCGGAUGGACAAUCUCCAGAAAUUCCUGUCUGAUUCAGUCAACAGCAAAACUUUAAUUGGUCAAGACCAUAUGGACAUGGUCUCCACCGAAAUCACCUCCGCCAUCCGCCAGAUCAUAGUCAACGGCGCUGCUCUUCUGGCUUGCACUCAAUCUACCCAGGCAACUUCUCUGCCACAAGCAUCUGAUGUUGAGGAGAAGAAGGUUGAGAAGAAAAUGAGGUUUGACACAGCUAAGGAUACUGUGCUGGGGAAUCAGUUGGUUGACCCGAAGAUUGAGGUGGCGGAGGAUGAAGAAAGCGAUGAUUAUGAAAUCUUGGAGCUCGAUGCUGUUGAGCUUUUAGCUGAGCAUAUCCAUUUUUGUGAGAUUUGUGGUAAAGGGUUUAAGAGGGAUGCUAAUUUGAGGAUGCAUAUGAGGGCUCAUGGGAAUCAGUUCAAGACGGUUGAAGCAUUAGCAAAGCCAGCGAGGUGUGGUGAAUCUGGAGGAGGAGCAGAGAAAGACAUGAUUAGGAAGACGAGAUUUUCAUGCCCGUAUGUGGGAUGUAACAGGAAUAAGCAGCAUAAGAAGUUUAGGCCGUUGAAAUCGGCGAUUUGUGUGAAGAAUCAUUUUAAGAGAAGUCAUUGUCCCAAGAUGUAUUCGUGUAAUAGGUGUAAUAAGAAGAGCUUUUCUGUUGUGGCGGAUUUGAAGAGCCAUUUGAAGCAUUGUGGGGAGACCAAGUGGAAGUGUUCUUGCGGGACGAGUUUUUCGCGAAAGGAUAAGUUGUUUGGGCAUAUGGCCUUGUUUGAAGGGCAUAUGCCCGCGGUGGUGGAGGAGGAGGAGGCAGUAGACAAGGGAAAACGUGUGGUUGUGAUGGUGGAGGAUGAGGAAGAGGAGGAAUCCAGUCCAGGAACGAAGGAAAUGAAAAUGGGAAUGGACAUUGAAAUGGAUAUGGAUGGGAAUGGAUCACCAAUCAGUGAUGGGUUUUUCGAUGGACUAACGCUUGAUGGAUUCGGUUCCCUUGAGAAUUAUUGCUUCCAAGAUCUGCUGAGUCCUUCUGUUUCUGCGGCUGCUAACAGCUCUGGGAUGGAUAGUUUCUUUAACUUUUGACUUUUGCUGCUGCUACUAUCAUUAGAGUGUAUGACGUUGUUUAAUUUUCUUGUUCUAUGGCAUGUAUCUGUUGUUGUUUUUGGGUACAUAUUUUUGAAUUCUUUCGAUCAAUAAAAAUCUGAAUUUCAUAUUUA